AGAGCAAAUCAGAGGCUUAAAAUGAGUUUUUCCGUCCGAUAAGAGUUUUUUUCCCUCUCUUCUCUCAAAACAGAUAAUGCUGCUGAGCACUAGAGGCUUACUCUACAUUGAGCCCAGAUCCCUGGCAGAAUACAAUGUUGCUUGAAGCUGGCUGAAGAGGUGCAUUGAGAAGGUAAUCUAAGGUAUGUCAUGUUCCUAAAGGGGCAGCUGAUUUUACGGGUGUGCAUGCUCUGUAUACAAAGUGCUACACAGAAGGGGUCACUGCAAGACUGGUGCCCUCCUAAUGGAAAACCUCUCUGCCUACAAUGUAACCAUUCAUGUGUUGCAAAAAGAUCUAGAAUUGGGGAACACAGACCUGAGUGUCAGAGCACUCACUGGCUUGCUCCUCUCCCUGCUAAUCCUGUCUACUCUCCUGGGGAAUACUUUGGUAUGUCUGGCAGUCAUCAAGUUUAGGCACCUGAGGUCCAAGGUGACCAACUUUUUUGUUAUCUCUCUAGCGGUCUCAGACCUCUUUGUGGCUCUGCUGGUGAUGCCCUGGAAAGCAGUAACUGAGGUGGCUGGUUACUGGCUCUUUGGAAAAUUUUGUGACACUUGGAUAGCAUUUGACAUAAUGUGCUCUACUGCAUCCAUUCUCAACCUCUGCAUUAUCAGCUUGGACCGCUACUGGGCAAUAGCAAGCCCCUUUAGGUAUGAAAGGAAGAUGACUCAAAGGGUGGCUUUCAUCAUGAUUGGUGUAGCCUGGACUUUGUCCAUCCUGAUCUCCUUCAUACCAGUACAGCUCAGCUGGCACAAAUCCGAAGAGGUGGACGAUAACUUUAAUGUCACCAACCAGACCGAGAACUGUGACUCAAGCCUAAACAGGACAUAUGCCAUUUCCUCUUCUCUUAUCAGCUUUUAUAUCCCAGUAGCUAUCAUGAUAGGAACAUAUACUAGGAUCUAUAGGAUUGCUCAAACUCAAAUUAGGAGAAUAUCUUCUUUGGAGAGGGCAGUGGAACAUGCUCAAAGCUGUCACCCAGACUGUCCUCAUGAAAACUCAUUAAAAACCUCCUUCAGAAAGGAGACCAAAGUACUCAAGACAUUGUCUAUUAUCAUGGGAGUCUUUGUUUUUUGCUGGCUGCCCUUCUUUGUUCUGAAUUGUAUGGUCCCAUUCUGUCAUACUGGUCUUCCAGGGCUCAAUGAGCCAGACCCACCAUGUGUUAGUGAGACUACCUUCAGUAUAUUUGUGUGGUUCGGCUGGGCCAAUUCUUCUCUGAAUCCUGUGAUUUAUGCUUUCAAUGCAGACUUUAGGAAAGCAUUCACCACAAUCCUUGGAUGUAAUAAGUUAUGCUCAAACUCCAAUGUGGAACCUGUGAACUUCAGCAAUGAGUUGGUUUCCUAUCAUCAUGACACCACCUUUCAAAAAGAUGCCCCUGCAAACUUCAACAGCUCCCAGCUUCCCAAUGUGGUAACUGAAGAACACGAUGACUUGGAAGGACCUUGUUUUGACAAAGGUUCAGUCACUUCCAACUCCCACGGGAUCAGAAACCACAAAAACCUACUUUUACCAAACAGUGUCCAGUUUGAAUGUGAAGCAGAGAUUUCUCUGGAGACAAUUACCCCGUUUACAUCUGCAGGGCCAAUUGAAUGUCCUUCACAUGCUCUAGAAGAGGAAGGCAGACAAUAUACUAAUAAAUUGUACUAG